UACCAUCACACUCGUCCUCCUCUUCCUCCUCAGAGGUUUCCAUUCCGAGCUGCUAAAAUCUCCAUCCAAACCCCACUCUCCUUUUCUUUCUUUCUAAAAUUUCUGGGUUUUUUCUUCGUCCCCGUCUCCUGGCUUCGUAGUCGAAGAUUGGAGAUCUAAGGAACGUACGAGAACUGAUCGAGCCCUCGUUUUUUCGGCCAUUCGAUGCUUCCCGAUCGGUUCUGGUUCGUCUCGGAGAUCUCAACUCCCCGAGUGGAAAAGGAGUCUUCUUUUCUUUUUUUGUUUCUUCGUUUUAAAUCCUUCUAUUUACAAGGGUAUUGAUUUUCCUUGUGGUGUUGUAUUUGAUCCGUUUGGCGGGUUUUUAGGUAGAGAUUUAGAGGAUGUGUUUCUGUGAUCGAGUUGGGAACUUUUUGGGAUUAUAAUCGGAUUAUGAACUCCAUGGAACCGGUUUGGUUGAAAUCUCGGUAGGAGAGCACCAGAGGGUAGAGGAGAAGGAGUUGGAUGUUUCUGUUAUUUGUUUUUUAGAAGUAAACGAUGGUAGAGUAAAAUUCAGCAAUUUCAGUUCAUUCACAGUUUUGGAUCCCUGGAUCUCGGAUUGUUUGUGGUGCUUCUGAAGCAUCUUCUGUGUUCGAAUUUUGAUGCUUAGAUUAGUUUGCUGGCCAGGACUCUUUGUAGAUCUUUGGCAGUUAACCCCUGUUUUUCUUAGCUGUCCACUAUGAUUACUUCAAGUACUGAUUACUUUAAUAACGUUAGCUUCUUCAGCGAUCCAGCGUGUGAAUCAAUGCUUACUUUCUUCGCCUUUUCUUUGAAUCAGUUUUGUUUAUUGAUAUGAUGCGAGAUGUCUUGCUGGCUUUUCCUAUGAGAAAGUUUAGUUCAGUUUCCAGCUACUUGAAGAUAUUCUUUUUCUUUCUUUUUAUCUGCUAUAUGUGAUUUUGUGUUUUUCUUAUUCCUUUGGUUGACUUAGUUUGUACUGUAUCGACCUAUGCAUCAAAAACUGUUUUUAUAUUUAUGUGUAUUUCUUGCUAAUAUAUUACCUGGAUACAAUUUAGGGUUUGAAAUGCAAGUAAUAGAUUACAAUGCUUCACAAGAGCAAGUUCAAGUUGGCUGCACUUGUGGGUAUUGCCUUAUCGGUGGUGUCUUUGCUGGUGCACCUUCUUCUUGCUAAUUAUUCAACUGGGGACUUUAUACAGUACAAGUUACGAGAGGAUGAUUUCUAUCCAAUUGGACAAGAUUGUACAUGCACUGACAGUAUUCUUCCUAAAUGCUAUAUUAGCAAACACCAUGUGCAUUUUUUUUUGGGGUCAGAAUUAUGUGAUGAUUGCUGCUAAAAUGAUGUUACAGAAGUUUCGCUAUCAAAAGCUGUGGGGACCCGUAAGCUCUUUGGAAGCCUUGCAGCCAUAUGCUAAUCCUAGAAACUUCUAUCCUGCAGUUCUGAAAGAGCAGAAUGGUUUCAUAUAUGCAAAGAUAUAUGGUGGCUUUGAUAGGAUAAGAUCUUCGAUCUGUGAUCUUGUUGCCGUCGCCAGGCUUUUGAAUGCCACUUUAGUCAUUCCGGAGAUUCAAGAAAGUCUUCGCUCAAAAGGCAUCAGUACCAAAUUCAAGAGUUUCUCUUAUCUUUACAAUGAGGAGCAGUUCAUUGCCGCACUUUCUAAUGAUGUCAUUGUUGUGAAGAGCUUGCCAAAUGAUUUGAAGGAGGCUAGAAAAAAGACCAAGUUUCCUACAGUUUCCCCUAGAAACUCGGCCCCACCAAGUUUCUAUCUCACGGAAGUGUUACCUAAACUUAAACGAUCAAAAGUUGUUGGAUUAAUAAUCAAUGAUGGUGGAUGCCUUCAGUCUGUCCUUCCAGAAAGUAUGGCAGAGUAUCAGAGACUCAGGUGCCGUGCUGCUUUCCAUGCCCUUCAGUUCCGUCCAGAAAUUCAGGUGCUUGGGAACCAAAUUGUAGAGAGCUUACGAGCAUUUGGUCGUCCAUAUCUAGCAUAUCACCCUGGUCUUGUGAGAGACGCCUUAGCAUUUCAUGGCUGUGCCGAGCUUUUCCAGGAUGUUCAUGCUGAACUAAUACAGUACAGAAGGAAACAGAUGAUCAAACGUGGAAUAGUUCAUGAAGGACUUAGUGUUGAUUCAGUGGCUCGAAAGAAAAAUGGCUCAUGUCCUCUCAUGCCUGAAGAGGUGGGGCUUCUCCUUAGGGCAAUGGGAUAUCCUCCAAAUACAAUAAUAUAUGUGGCUGGUGCUGAAACAUUUGGUGGGCAGAGGAUUUUAAUUCCUUUGCGAGCCAUGUACACAAACUUAGUGGAUCGUACUUCUUUGUGCAGUAAGAAAGAGCUGUCCAGUUUGUUCGGACCAGAAUAUCCUCUUCCUUCAAAUCUGCGUCAACCCCCACCUGUGAAAAGUGAGAAACAACUUAUUGAAGAGUGGAAAAGAGCUGGGCCUCGUCCACGACCGCUUCCUCCACCUCCUGCUAGGCCUUUUUAUCAGCAUGAGAAGGAAGGUUGGUAUGGUUGGGUUGCCGAGACUGACAAAGAGCCAGACCCUUUGCCUUUGGAUUUGAGGAUGCAAGCACACAUGUUGCUCUGGGAUGCUCUUGAUUAUUAUGUUUCUGUUGAAGCUGAUGCAUUCUUUCCCGGCUUCAACAAUGAUGGGAGUGGGUGGCCAGAUUUUUCAAGCUUGAUCAUGGGGCACCGACUAUACCAAACAGCUUCUGGCAUAACAUAUCGUCCUGACAGGAAAACUAUUGUCGAGCUUUUUGAAACUACUCAUGACAAUCUAUAUCAUCCAAAACGCAACUGGACGGUUCUUGUGCGGGAUCACCUUAACAAGAGUUUAGGUGUGGAUGGCUUCGUAGCGGAGGCCCAAUUAUCAAAACCUGCAUCAUUCCUUUCUCAUCCAUUGCCAGAAUGUUCCUGUAGAACAUCCAAAUUGCCCGACAAUUCUAAGCCUGUGAAGGGCAAAAAUGGUGAACUGCUAUAUGGUGGUGAGGACAGGUGCCCAGACUGGAUGGUUCAUGGCCUUGCAAUGGUUUCUGCAAGGGCUACCGGUGCAACAGAUGAGGAAGUUGAGGAGGGCGAGUUAUCUGAGGAUGACAGCGAUGUGGAGGGGGACUCUGAAAAUGGAAGGAGAAUUGAUGCAAACAGAUCUGAACAGGAUGAAGAGAUGGAUCCUGAUGAUUAAAAUUUUACGCAUAUACAUACUGAAAAACAAUUCUACAAAAGGGGCAAGACUUGAAGAUUGUGUCAAGCUCCUGGAAAUAUAACAAAGCUGCAAAUGUUGCAAGGACUCUCUCUUUCUGCGAGAGGAUCUAUUACGACAAAGGCUUAACUGGAAGUCGCUGUCGGAUCUUCGGUAUACAGCUUCAACACAGAAAUUAACCUCAUCAAAAUUUUCACUGGCCUCCUAAUGAAUCCUUGUCUGAUUUGUAUAUUCGUAAUCGUUGGGAAGUUGUCAUUCAUGAGUAUGGUGUUCAUGUUGCCCAGGCAGGAGGAUUCUCAUAUAUUAAACCCAUAUAGAGACAAGGAUUCUUGUAUGCAUCUCUGAUCUUUGGACUUAUAGCAACUAACUAUAAUUUGUUUCAUUGUGUAGAAAAAAUCACACUACUUACUGGGGACCUUGGAUUUUGGAACAUUUCGGUCCUCGGAGCCGGUCAUACAUUCUCUGCUAUGGAAUCUCAUUCUCUCUUUUGUUUUAUGA